AAUAAGUGCCCUUAGAAGGAGCGCCUGUCCCACGGCAGACCGCGGCCGCCGCUGCAGUAAAUCUGCACAUCACCACAGUUCACUGAUCACCACCGCAUCUCAGCGCAGUGUGACAGCUCGGUAUGCAGCCCGCUUAGGGUGAUGGUGUAGCUGGAGCCUACCGGCCGGGUAAUUGUCGGGUAAGUGUCACUUCGCAGCGCUCAUCCUCCCUGGAAGUUACGGAGCAACUAGGAAAGUUAUGGAUUCACGCAUCGCAGCCUUUUCCUGGUUUAAAUCUCCUUCUCCGUCCAGUUUAGCGAUGAACGACGGGACCUGCAGUUGCGUCACGCUGUGAUUAUGUGCUCGCGCUAUCCAGACUGUCCCCAUACACUAAUCUGUUCCGCAAAAAUAAUCUCCAGAGGACGCGUAGCCGGAGAGAAGCGGCGGAGGCGCGGAGCUGCGCGGCGCAGUCGGCGGCGGAUGACGCACGGGGCAUGGAGAUGUUGCGCCGCUCCUCCGUGUUUGCGGCCGAGGUGUUCGACCGCUCGCCCACCGACAAGGAGCUGGUGUCCCAGGCCAAGGCGCUGUGCAGGGACUACAUCCAUUCCAGGCUGAACCGUGCCGGGAUAGGCUGGUCCAAGCCCGAGCAUGGCCUGGCUGCGUCAGGUGGGACCCUGGGAGAGGUCUCCACCGUCCUGCUGUGGCUCGGAGAUGAGCUCGAGUACCUUCGACCCAACAUUUACCGUAACGUAGCCCGUCAGCUCAACAUCACGGUGGCGUCAGAGGGCGUGGUGUCUGAUGCUUUCCUGGCUGUGGCAGCGGACAUUUUCUCCACAGGUGUGACGUGGGGGAAGGUGGUUUCCCUGUACGCCGUGGCGGGCGCCUUGGCUGUGGACUGCGUGCGCCACGGCCACCCGGCCAUGGUGCACACCAUUGUCGACUGCAUGGGGGAGUUUGUCCGCAAGAGUCUGACAUCCUGGUUGAAGAGGAGAGGCGGCUGGGCGGACGUAACCAAAUGCGUGGUGAACACUGAUUCCGGCUUCCGCUCUCACUGGCUGGUGUCUGCAGCCUUUGCUCUUGGACAUUAUCUCAAGGCCGUGGUGCUGCACCUCCUCAGGGAGAAGUGAAGGGCCGGCACCACCGGAGCCUACGCCUUUGGACUGUGUUUACACUCCCUUUGCACUGAGGAACGCCUGUCCCAUCACGGCCGGUGGACUCACCUUGCUUCUGUUGUAUUUAUUAGUUUACAUAGCUCACGUUAUUGCUUUUACACUAAAACCUGUCCACAUAUGUGUGUCACUCGCCCACAGUUGUUGAAAAUGGACACUAUGGUAUGUUCACAUACUACAUAUUUUAUACAUUUCAAGAGACAAUAGCAAGCAACUGACAUAUUUUGUUUGGUAACUAAAUAUGUAUUAAUAAUAGGAAAUAAUUCUUAUUUUACUUUAAGUCCUAUUUAAAUUUAAUUGUAGAAUGUAUGGGGAGGUUCUCAUUCCAGAGUUAUAUUCUAUUUCAGUCUUACCAAUAGAUUCUUUAUUUUUUUUAAAGUCACAAUUCUGUAUUUUUCAUACUGUUACACCUGAUAUUCAGCUGAACAUGCACAUUUUAGAUACAUCCUCUGUAUCCUUCAAUAUCUGUUCUUUUACAAUUUACUAUAUCUCAACAGAUGUGUCAUAAAAGUUGGUUUGCAAUACA